AUGAAUACUGGCAAAGGGUUGUUUGACAUAUUUAAUUAUAAACUAAAUUAUCUUCAUUUUAUUAUUGAUUAAUAAAUAUAACAACAGAAAAAAAACUAAUAAAUUAAAAGAACAAAGAAUUUGAGAAUGAUUUAAAUAGUUGAAGAGAGGAGUGGUAUUCAAUCUAUUAAUUUUAGAGUAAUAAUAAUAAUAAUAAUAUGAAAUUGAUGGAGUUUCACAAAGAAUAUGGGAAGAAGGUAAUAAAGCUUUUAAUUUUUAGUUGCUAAUUAAUAUAGAUAAGAAAUAUAGGUAUAUAAUACAAAAUAUAGUAAAUGUAGUCGCUUCAACUCUAAUUGUGGCAGAAUAGUGUUGAUAAGAUGUUUUAAAAGUCGAAUGGAGUUCCGAAGAAAUAUUUACAAAAAUUAAAGAUGAUGAAAAUGGGCAAAUCAAACAGACAAUGCAGUAUAUGCUGUAAUUAAUUCUAAAAAGGUAUAAACUUUGUAUUUAAAUAGAUGAGCUAAUUAUAUAGCUGCCUUGCAAACAUAUAUAUCAUAAAUCUUGUGUUGAUUCUUGGCUUCAAAGUAGUACGAAAUGUCCAAAUUGUCGAUCAGACGUCUUAGAGGCCCUAAAGAAUUAGGAGAAAUGAUUUACAUUUCUAUGGACAAGAUUAUAUUAAAACAAAAAAAUU